AAUUAUGGGGAAGCACCACAUCUAAUCAAGGACCGAGUACGAGAUAGCACUCAUGAUGAAAAGAAUAAUCAGUUGGCCGGUGACCGCGGGACGAAGUGGACGUGUCGCACGCGUACAGUACUCUACACGCGCGUCCAUGGAUAACUACGAAAUCGUAGACUUCAGUUCUUUAAGUGAGACAGUGCAGAAUUUGAUAAGGCAGGCGGUUGAAAUACGGAAACGUGCUUACAUUCCAUACUCUAACUUCGCGGUGGGGUCCGCGGUCCUUACGGAGGAGGACUUGAAGGUGUAUACCGGGUGCAAUGUGGAGAAUAUGGCGCACAGCCCGAGCAUAUGCGCAGAGAGGGUCGCAGUGCCCAAAGCCGUCUGCGACGGGUACCUGAAGCUCAAGAUGAUCGCAGUCGUGGCCCAUCAAGAGACCAGCUUCACGGCGCCCUGUGGCGUUUGUAGACAAACGCUAAGUGAGUUCCGAGGUUCAAACGGUGACAUAGACGUUUACCUGAGCAAGCCAGUGAUGGACAAAGUAUUAGUCACGAAGCUGUCCAAACUUCUACCACUUUCCUUCGUGAGGUAUACCGAGGAUGGUGGUAAAUCAUAGUGAUAAUGUAUUUUUACACUGCAAAGUAUUACUGAAGCGCUCAAGGACUGAUUUGUUUUGUGAUGAUUCUGAAUGUAAAAUAAACUUAUCGUAUGUGUCAGUU